AUGAACCUUCAACAAGCAAUAACAGCUGAUAAUGUUGACGAGCUAUAUCGCUUAUUAGGGGAGCAGGGAAAUCAAAAUCUCUUAGAUUGCGCACCUGAUGACCCCUUACAAAAUACUCCACUACACAACGCGGCGGAUCAGGGGAAAACUAAGGUGGCCAAGGAGAUAGCCAUGUUGAAGCCAUCAUUCGCUCGAAAGCUAAAUGGAGAAGGUGACAGCCCCAUGCACUUGGCUUUGAAAAAUAAGCAUUAUCACCUUGUGAGGGCACCGAUGACCCUCGAACCUGUUUCGAUCCGAGUUCGAAGACAAGACGGGACCACCCCUUUGCAUUUCAUAGCUGGGGAAAAAGGAGCCAAUGAGCAAGAGAACAUGGAGCUCUUGGAACUCCUAGCCGAAUUCCUAUAUGCUUGCAAAUUGUCUAUCGAAGACUUGACGAGCCAACGCGAGACUGCGGUUCACGUUGCCGUAAAAAAAUGCAACACCGAAGCAUUCAAGAUGUUGUUUGGAUGGCUUAAGCUAGCCCAUUUGACAAAAAUCUUGGAUUGGAAAGACGAAGAUGUGUCUCGGAUUGUGAACCCGAUCAACCUUCAACGAGCAAUAGCAGCCGAUGAUGUUGAUGAGCUAUAUCGUUUAUUAGGAAAGCAGGGAAAUCGAAAUCUCUUGGAUUGUGAACCUAAUGACCCCUUCCCACAUACUCCACUACAUGACGCCGCGGAGCGAGGGAAAACUAAAAUGACCAUGGAGAUAGCCAUCUUGAAGCCAGAGUUCACUCGAAAGUUGAAUCAAGGGGGUCACAGCCCAAUGCACUUGGCUUUGGAAAAUAAGCAUUAUCACAUUGCGAGGGCAUCGAUAACCCUCGACCCCGAGUUGAUUCGAGUUCGAGGACGAGGCGGGGUCACCCCUUUGCAUUUUGUAGCUAGGAAAAAAGGAGACAAUGAACAAGAGAAUGUAAAGCUCUUGGAAGUCCUGGCAGAAUUCCUAUAUGCUUGCAAAUCGUCCAUCGAAGACUUGACGAGCCAAUGCGAGACUGCGGUUCACGUUGCCGUAAAAAACCACAAUACCGAAGCAUUCGAGGUUUUGUUUGGAUGGCUUGAGCGAUCCCAUCCGACAGAAAUCUUGAACUGGAAAAACGAAGAUGGUAACACCGUCUUACAUAUUGCGGUAUCCACAUGGCAGCCCGAGAUCAUCAGCCGGUUGAUUGAGCAUGUCAAAGUAGAUGCGAAGAACUUCCAGCAUAAGACGGCUCUGGAAAUCUUACCAGCGAAUCUUCCUGGCGAUCAACAUCUCGCGAAGAGGUUACGCGAUCAAGAAAGAAAUAAUCUUCCUCCUCCCUUCGGAAUUCUUGCUCCUACCUUGGCAGCUCUUGCUCCUCUUUUUCCUACACUCUCUUUAUCAAAGUAUUUACGCAGGAAACUAUCUAUACUUGAGAAGUUCACAUCUUGGGUCGGCCACGUAGAUGAAUCUGCUCGCGAGGUAAUCCUUGUAGUGGCUGCCUUAAUUGCGACCGCCACUUACCAAGCGGCGCUCACGCCUCCAGGAGGAUACUGGGCGGAUUCUUCUCCCUCUUCGAAUCCCAUGGCCAAUUCCAGCGGCAUUGCUGUCGAGAAACCACAUCAAGCCGGGAACACUUCUAGCCAUUUCAAGUACGCGAAACACGGGGUUGGCGCUCCGGACCAGGACAAACUCACAUACAGCUACAGCUGGAUCGAGGGCGACGCCCUGAUGAACAUAUUCGAGAAGAUCUCGUAUGACAUCAAGAUCGAGGCCAACCCCGAGGGAGGGUCCAUAUGCAAGAACAGAAGCAAGUACUACGCCACUGGUAACAUUCAGUUCACCGAGGAGCAAAUCAACGAAGGCAAGGAGAAGGUCUUCGGCUUGUUCAACGCUCUUGAGGGUUAUCUCUAG